AUGGCAUAUCCAGAUUCAGAUUUAACAAUUCCAUUUGCAACAAUUUUUACAACAUUUUUGUUAUGGUUUGUUUCAUUGGUACCAAUUAGAAUUGCUCAAUCGAAACAUGAAGAAGGUUAUGAUAAUUCACACCCAAGAGAGCAAUAUUCAAAAUUGUCCAAGUGGGGACAACGAGCGGUUGCAGCAUCAAAUAACACAUUUGAAGGAUUAUGUUUCUUUAGUAUUGCAGUAUUCACAUACGCGUUCUCACAAUUAAGUAAUUUAAAUGAUAGCAGUAAACAUAAGCCAGUUCGAAUAGCAGCAGAUGUUUUUUGCAUAGCUUUUGUAAUCUUUAGAGUG